CACCUCACAUGGAGUUUUCUUCCUUAGCUCUCACUUGCCUCAUGGCCUUAGCCAUUUUGAUCCUUCCCUCCCAUGCCCAAAACUCACCACAAGACUACCUGAAUGCUCACAACGCUGCUCGAGCUGCCGUCGGCGUUCGCCCUAUGACUUGGGAUGAAAACGUAGCUGCCUUUGCACGGAACUAUGCUAAUCAACGCAAAGCCGAUUGCAGACUCGUGCACUCCGGCGGAGGUGGACGAUACGGUGAAAACCUAGCUUGGAGUAGUGCCGACCUCUCGGGCACCGCCGCCGUACGGAUGUGGGUUAACGAGAGGGCCGACUACAAUUACAACUCCAACACCUGUGCACGGGGCAAGGUCUGCGGACAUUACACCCAAGUGGUUUGGCGCGACUCGGUUCGGCUCGGUUGUGCCAAGGUGAGGUGCAACAACGGUGGAACUUUCAUCGGUUGCAACUAUGCUCCCGCCGGCAAUAUUAUCGGUCGAAAACCGUACUAGAAACCUUCAUGUGCAUAAAAUCCUUCCAAAUCAACUUUAAUUUGUGUUGUAACAGAAAAUAAAAACUAUAUAUGUACUCAUCAACGUACUGCAUUACAUGUAAUAAGGAAGGAAGGGAUAUUUUAUUA